UGUCCAGCAAACCACAGCACUGAGAAGUGCUUAUGCAAGCCAGGAUGACACAAGAUCCUGGGCUGGAGGCCUGGGAAUCCUUCUCAGGUGUCAGAUGAGGAAAGCUCUGCUUGUUUUUCUCUGUCAGGGCAAGGAACAGAAAAAGGAGCUUUGGGGCUGGACAUUUGGAGGACUCAGCCAUCCCAAGGGAUAUUGUGACACGUGGAGGGACCAAACUGCUGCUGCUGGUGCCAGGAAGCUCCGAAUCCCAGGCUGCUGAGUGCAUCCUCCCACCAGUGACUGGUCACAUCCCCCCUGCUUGGUUCUGUCCCCUGCACGACCUGCAGGAAGGGACCCUCCCACUCACCUCUGCCUCCUUCCUCUUCCCCACAGAACUGCGACUCUGCUGGCAACUCCCAGGCAUGCGGAUCCUGCCCGUCCUUUGGGCUCUGCUCCUCCUGGUGCUCCAGGGAGUGACAGGGCUGUCCCCGGUUGGAGCAUCAGCCCAGGAGUGCGAGCGCCGCGGGGGAUUCUGCUCCCACCGCUCCUGCCCGCCGGGGAUCGGCCGCAUCGGCCUCUGCUCCGAGCGGGAAUUCUGCUGUCGGAUGUGA